UGAAUUUUAUAAUCAGUCUGUGAAUAACAACGACAUAAGUCUGUAUCAACGAUGAGUUCGUACGUUUUUAUUUCUGUUAUCCUCAUGGCAAUAAUUGGAAUGAUCGUUGCAUCUCCUGUUGAUGAAAAGAAGCCGUUUGAUUGUCCGGCAAAUGAAAAGUACUAUAAAUGUUCUCUGGAGGUUUGUUACAAGAAAUGUGACAAUUUGUUCAACCCACCUCCUUGUCCUUCGAUAGCUGCUAAUUGUUAUCAACCGUCUUGUGAAUGCGUUGACGGCUACUUAAGAGAUUCCAAUGGGAUUUGUGUCACCGAGGAACAAUGUAGGACACAGUUUUCGUCCGCCCACUAUUCACUUUGUAAAAUGGCGAAAACAAAAAUACAAUAUCCAUCAAAAUGUUAAAAUUGUAUUAUCGAAAUAAAUGAGUUUUUUUAUUUGAA